AUGGCGGUCACGGAGCCUGGGAUCUUGCGUGUGUGCCCUGUUCAGUUGUUCUCGAUGUUUCCACACGAGCAGGGUCACCCUCUGACCACCCUGCUCCCUUUGGGGUUGUCCUGCUCACUGUGGACCCGGGGAGAGCGGGUAGAAGAGGGAGGUCAAACGCAGAAGAUGGAGAAUGGACAAGGCACAGGCGCAAAGCUUGGCCUUCCGCCGCUCACCUCAGAGCAGCAAGAAGCGCUGCAGAGGGCCAAGAAAUAUGCCAUGGAACAAAGCAUUAAGAGUGUUUUGGUGAAGCAGACCAUAGCCCAUCAACAACAACAGCUCACCAACUUGCAGAUGGCAGCAGUGACAAUGGGCUUUGGAGAUCCUCUCUCACCUUUACAAUCGGUGGCUGCGCAGCGACAACGUGCACUAGCCAUCAUGUGUCGGGUCUAUGUGGGGUCCAUUUACUACGAGCUUGGGGAGGACACAAUCAGACAGGCUUUUGCUCCCUUUGGUCCAAUUAAGAGCAUUGACAUGUCUUGGGAUUCUGUUACUAUGAAACACAAGGGUUUUGCAUUUGUGGAAUAUGAUGUUCCAGAAGCUGCACAGUUGGCUCUGGAUCAAAUGAACUCAGUCAUGUUGGGGGGAAGGAACAUAAAGGUUGGGCGCCCAAGUAACAUCGGUCAGGCGCAACCCAUCAUUGACCAGCUGGCAGAGGAGGCACGCGCAUAUAACCGAAUCUACGUGGCGUCGGUUCACCCUGACCUGUCAGACGAUGACAUCAAGAGUGUAUUUGAAGCUUUUGGAAGGAUCAAGUCUUGUACAUUAGCCAGAGAUCCCAACUCUGGGCGGCACAGAGGCUUUGGCUUCAUUGAGUAUGAAAAGCCUCAGUCAUCUCUGGAUGCUGUAUCUUCUAUGAAUCUCUUUGACCUUGGAGGUCAAUACCUCCGAGUAGGCAAAGCAGUGACCCCACCCAUGCCAUUACUUUCUCCCUUGACUUCAACAACACCCGGUGGUAUGCCGCCUGCUGCGGCUGUGGCCGCGGCAGCAGCCACUGCCAAGAUUACUGCCCAGGAGGCUGUAGCUGGUGCGUCUGUUCUGGGGGCGUUAACCGCUCCACAACUUCUGGGGCAACAAAUGGGAAUCCCUCAAGCUGUUAUGGCUGCUCAGGCACCUGGAGUCAUCACAGGUGUAACUCCAGUUCGCCCUCCCAUUCCGGUGCUUCCCCAAGUGGGUCUGGUGAACCCUGUGCUAGCAUCGCCGCCGGUCCUCGCCGCACAAGCGCUGGCCGCGCAAACACAGGAAAAGAAAGAGAAGGAGGAGACGCUCCAGGAUGGAACGGGACAAGAGAUGUUGAGUGACCAAGAACACAUGAGCAUUUCUGGCAGCAGUGCUCGACAUAUGGUCAUGCAAAAACUACUGCGGAAAUCCGAGUCUACUGUCAUGGUGCUCAGAAAUAUGGUUGGACCAGAGGAUAUCGACGAUGACCUUGAAGGAGAAGUGACCGAGGAGUGUGGCAAAUUCGGGAAUGUUAACAGAGUCAUCAUCUAUCAGGAGAAACAAGGAGAGGAAGAGGAUGCUGAUAUUAUUGUCAAAAUCUUCGUAGAAUUUUCCAAUGCUUCAGAAAUGAACAAAGCGAUAUCGGCUCUUAACGAUCGAUGGUUCGGAGGCCGCAAAGUUGUUGCUGAAGGCCUGCCUCAUCCAGGGGUGGGAAGGAAGCGCGACUCCUCCAGCUCCGCGUCUCUGCUGCUUCACCCAGAACCAGGAACCACAGCACGGACUCCACUUGUGGCGUGUGUCGGCCAUAAUGAGGACAUAUUGUGGGCAGAUGUUGUGUUUCCACUGCCCCGAGGUGAAGACGUGAAGUGUGGAUACAAUGGAUCUUCUUCUGCAUCUGAACUGAAACCAGGAUACAACUCACCAGCUCAUCUAAGGGAUUAUUUUGUACCUAAGUGGAUUUCGGCCUCCCUCCCGGGUUUGUUGUGGGAGCACCGCUAUAGUUCUGACUGCAGACCUCGUCCCCACUUGGUUCUUUCUCCUGGUGGUCCUGCCCCUGCGUCUCCGAUGAGGAGAGUACAGUAG